AUGGCUCUCAAACGUCGGGCGACUUCUCACGUGCAACCGUCGCCUAGUAAUAAGAAACGACAAAUCAAGCUGGAGGAUACGCCUGUCGCAAUCAAAUCUGAGAUCAAAGAUGAGUUCAGCGAAGAUAUCAAGCCGCGGGUAAUUCCAGCAGCGAAACCCAGCGCGCAUGAGGUUCCGGUCGUCCAACGGGAGUUUUACCCUGCUGAGAUGAGCAAUGCGCGUUGCGCGAAAUAUAACAGUGGUGAAUUACCAAGACCCCUUCAUCUCCUGAAUGAGACCAUUCGAAAGACUUUGGAGCAAAGGAAGAAAAUCGCGGUUGGCGACAGUGUCAUUCAUUGGUUCAAAAGAGAUCUCCGACUAAACGACAAUCGUGCGCUCGCCGCGGCUAGCGAGAAGGCUCGAAGCAAGAACAUCCCGCUAAUAUGCAUGUUCAUCGUUAGUCCACAAGACUAUCAGGCUCAUUUGACGAGUGCAGUGCGCGUCGACUUCGAAUUGCGCACUCUGGCUAUAUUGAAAGCGGAUCUCGACAAGUUGAACAUCCCGCUCUUCAUUACCACGAUCGAUUCACGAAAGGAUGUGCCCUCGUUCAUUUUGAAGAAAAGCGCAGAGUGGGGGGCAAAGCAUGUCUUUUGCAAUAUCGAGUAUGAAGUCGAUGAACUGCGACGAGAGAACAAACUCAUCACAGAGUGCUUGGGACGACAGAUCGAUUUCUCUGCUCUCCAUGACGAUGUACUAGUACCGCCUGGUAACUUACAGUCUGGAGCUGGGAAGCAAUAUUCUGUAUAUUCACCAUGGUUCAAGGCAUGGGUCCGCCAUCUUCACGAUCAUCCUCAUUUACUCAAAGGUUCUGAGCUUCCACAAGCCAACGACAAGAGCGCCAGGUCGAAGUUCAAAUCGCUGUUCGACGCAGAGAUACCCUCAGCACCUUCGAACAAAACUCUGACCAGUAAGGAGAAGACGCAUUUCGCGCACCUAUGGCCUGCAGGUGAACACGAAGCGCAAGCACGCAUGGAGCGUUUCGCGAGAGAAAGAAUAUCCAAAUAUAAAGACGCUCGCAAUUUCCUCGCGGAGAAUGCAAAUUCCAGCCUCAGCGUACAUUUCUCUUCGGGCACCCUCUCCGCACGAACAGCCAUUCGCUGUGCACAAAGUAACAACUCCAGCCCAAAGCUUGACGCCGGCAAUGCUGGCAUUAUGUGCUGGAUCAGCGAAGUGGCCUGGCGAGACUUCUACAAACACGUGCUUGCGCAUUGGCCCUUUGUAUGCAUGCACAAGCCGUUCAAAUACGAAUACUCAGAUAUCAAGUGGGAUUACAACGAGGAGCAUUUCCAGCGAUGGUGUAAUGGACAGACGGGCUUUCCGGUCGUCGAUGCCGCGAUGCGACAACUCAAGAGUACCGGCUAUAUGCACAACCGUGCGCGCAUGAUUGUGGCUUCAUUCUUGGCCAAGGACCUCCUACUGGAUUGGCGGAAAGGGGAGCGGUAUUUCAUGGAAAACCUCGUCGACGGCGACUUCGCAUCCAAUAACGGCGGCUGGGGCUUCUCUGCGAGUACAGGAGUUGAUCCUCAGCCAUAUUUUCGCAUUUUCAACCCAUUGCUGCAAAGCGAGAAAUUUGAUGCUUCUGGAGAGUAUAUUCGGAAGUGGGUGCCGGAGUUGAAAGAUGUUGUGGGUAAGGCGAUUCACGAUCCGUACGGCAGAGGAGCGGAGAAGAUCGCGAAGACAACGGGUUAUCCCAAGCCUAUGGUCGAUCAUAGUGAGCGCAGAAAGAUUGCGCUGGACAGGUACAAAUCUGGAUUGGGGAGGGAAACAGCGAACGUUGGUGGAGGGGUACACAACUAG